AUGCCCCCCUGUGACUGCAGUAACUGCCUGCCCGACAAAGCGGAAGCGCUAUGGGUAGCGCAGAAAGCUCUUACGGUUGGGAACUUCGAUGACGCCAUGAAAGCGUGCGAGAAGGAACUCAUGGAUCUGGUAGACAUGAGACCUAGCGUCCCGCCUGGUCCUGGACUACCCCAGCGCGUGGAUCCCCUUCGCGCCACCCCAGACAAUCCAAUUCGCAAGAGCCUUUCAGUCGAGGCACUGGUGACCAGGUGGAUUGCUGCUUUCAAAAACUUAUUCUACACUCAUUACUCGCAAGAUAGCGACAUAGGUCCAUGCGACUACUUCCCAUCAGAACUCGCGUGGGAUUUGGCCAAGAAUAUAGACCAAUUUCGAGUGCCUAGCGAUCUCAGUCUCGUUUUGGGUAGCGAAAUCAUUGAAGGUCAAUAUGAUGCACUGUUACAAACAUUUCUUGAUUGGAAGGACGACGGCGCAAGUGACUCGGCGGUCGCACUAUCGGACGCUGUACAAUUUCGUCGCGCGAUCAGGCGCGUAGGCCCGUCAAAGGGCCCUGUCUCAGUGGAGGGUUUGGAGUUGGCAAAGAGGAGAGAAACUCUGGCAAAACAAGUGGUAAAGGACGCGAAAGUGGCUUCGAAGGCCGAACAAGAGCGUCAAAAAACUCAAAUGGCUACAGCAAAGAAGCGCCGAAUCGCAGAACAAGCUCAAGAAUGGACCAGAAUGGCCGAGGAGAGAAAGAGGGCCCGUGAAGAGAGAUUGCGUGGCCAGGUUCAGGGCAAGGCGCUGGAAUCUGAACAACGUAAUUGGAACCAGGCACCCCCGCGAAAGAGAGCUAGUACUGCGGCGAAUGUGUUGCCCAAUGUCAAACGUGGUUGCACUCAGCAAACACAUUCUUCACUAGGGUCACCUCGCGACCCGUUUGGGUUUUGCUCAAGUUAUCGUGGGCGUAGCGGAGGAAGUUGGCCAUUGAGGCUUCAGUGA